AUGUCAAAGUUCACGCUAAUUACAGCAUUAUGUAUUUUGGUAUUAACGAGCACUGGCCCAGACACCUUGGGAACAGAAUUCGUAUUUGUUUAUCCCCCAAAUAAUAGUGGAAGUAAAAGAACGAAUGUUACUUUGGAUAUUACUAAUGUAAAUACAAGAAAUGUUGCGCUAGUUACCAUCCAAUACAACGAAUAUUCUGGUGAUAGUCAUAAUAUCACUUCUGUAUCACACAUCACUGUUUUGAAAGUUAAUGUAUUCAGCAAUAUUGUGUUUGCAUUCAGUGGAUCAGUUACUUUAGACAAUAUAAAAAAUGGCUUACAUUCAUAUACUGAUAAUCGAAUUUUUAUCAAUUCUACAAUUCCAAUUACACUUUUAGCACGUAAUUUGGAUAUAAGUGGCACACGUGACACUUUUCUUGUACUACCGACGUCAAUGGCGGAUAAACAGUAUGCUGUUAUGCUUCCUUCAUCAGCAACUGAUGGUGCAACAAUUGCAUAUUUGUUACCUAUACAGAAAAAUUUUGAAAACCAACAAUUUACAGUUGAAAUUACCAAUAAAGCAUCAACUUGCUCUUUCUCACAUACUCUUAAGGCAGGAAAAAUCUUAGCAUACAGUACAAGUGCAGAAAGUUUCACGCUAAGAGCGCAAAGUAGCACAGAAUUUGUUAUGGUUUUAGCUGUGCGCAAAUUGCCAGUGAAAAAAGGAUCGGAUAAAUUUGAUUUUGGAUGUUUCAUGCCAACUGCAAUUCCCUCUAGUGGUUGCGAUAAGUUAGCAAUGCCAGAUGAUCAUAUAAUUCAACUUCUCACAGGAAAAUAUUACUUACUUGCAACGCCUUCUGCUGAUUGCGAUUCUGUAGACAUUACAAUUCGUAGUAGGAAACAAUCAAAAAGUAUACAGCUUGCUAUAUCUGAUUUCUCCAAAGGAUCUAAGAUUCUUUCACUGAAACAUUCUGGAAAUAUGGCUGCAAUCAGUACAAUGGUAUUUCCAUUAAAUGUUGUUCGUUACGGUGGCUACAAUAUUGGGGAUUUGAAUUAUGAAGAAGGAGCAUACUUAUAUGAAGUGCCAACGACCUCUCAAUUCGUUACUGGCCUAACUACUUUUGUUGUAGAUGAUGACAGUAAUCAAAUCACUAUCAUAGCAAAUUAUCCAGCAGUAUCAAGUACUUAUUUUGAUGGUGAAAAUACUGUAACCUUUGCUCCCUUACCUUUUUUCAAUGAAACAUGGUAUUAUGCAUCUGGUACCGUACAACCUGGUUUCCAUUUUCUGCAUUCCAUGGGUUCCUACAUCACAUAUAUUACUGGUCGGAUAAAUAACACUGCUUAUGGAUAUGUUUCAGCUCUUAACAGUCGAAAAGCCAUCAAGCCAGUAUCUACAGCAAGUUGGGAUUUUGCUAUGAAACCAGUAUCAACUUCAGUUUUCACUUCUACACUGCAAGCUAACUCAACCUCUUUAACAACAACAACAAUCUACAGUACUCCAGCAACAUAUCGAUUACGAACCUCUGAAAAUUCAAUUCCUAUUUCAAAUCUCUUUCCUGCAGUCAAGUUUGGCGAUGGCAUAUCAGAAAUGCCAUUUGAUGCUCGAGUUAAUAUUUCAGCUUCUGCACCUGUUGGAGUUGCAGUUAUCAAUUUUGGAGAUCGAAAUGGAGAUAUUUUCACAGCUUUGCCAACUACAAUGGCUGGUAAUAAUUAUGCAUUCACGUUACCGUCACCAGGAAGUCUUGGCUUUUCUACAGCAUAUUUUUCUGCAGUAACUGAAGAUGCCAAAAUAAGCAUAACCAUUUUUGACAAUGGCAGAUAUGAAGAAUAUACUCGACUAAUUAGAGUCACAGAAGGUAGUAACACAUUGUUCUACAGUAAACGUAAUGGAUUCACGUUGUUUGCUACCAGUAAUGCACCAUUUUUGAUUACAGUCGGCGUAGAAGGUUUGUUAGUGGCAGAUUAUGGUGAAGAAAUUGCUGAUUUUGGUUCAUUUAUGCCAAUGCCAUUGAGUACAACAGAAUGCUCACAAGCAGUGGAUCACAAAUAUCCACUGAUGCUAUUCAGUGCUCAAUCUUUUUUGAUCUCCCCUCCAUCACCAAAAUGUGUUCCAUCAAUACGAUUUUUUGGUAUAAGUGAUAAAAACUUCUCUCGUGACUUACAUUUAUCAAAGCAAUCAGAUACUAUACAAAAACUUGAUUCUAACGUAUACGGAAACAGCGUUGCUCUCUUUUCGAACACUGCAAUAUCUGUUAUACGUUAUGGUGGUUACAAUAUGACACUACCCCAACUUUCUUCCGGUACAUUUUUGGACCAAAUCGUAUCUUGGGAUAACUUUGUAACUGGUCGAAUUCCGGUUUCUAUACAUGAUACAUUCAGCUCAAUUACGGUUAUCGGUGAUGAAUUGACUAAGAACAGUGUGAAUUUAAAUUGGUAUCCAGUUCAAUAUUUUGGAGAACCAGCGUACAUUUCUGUAUUCAACGCAGAUCAGUCAUUCUUUUUCGAGAACCCUGGUCGUUUUAUAAUUUACGUAAGCGCAAGCGUCGAGGUCAGUGAUGGACUUAGCAGCGCUUUUGGUUAUGCUGUAGGUUAUGGCAGGAAUGUUCCCGAGAGCAAAGGAGGCAUUGGGAUUGGUUAUUCAAUUACAUUGAUUAUUGUAACGAUUUUUUCUCAACUUUUAUUGCUUUGA